GCCAAAGCCUCCUAAUGAAACAGGGCCGAGGAUGGGAGCUGCUGCCGACACCUGGCCGUCACGUUCCGGUGUGACUCCCUGUUAUGAUGACAGAGAAAAUGAUCUCUUCCUCUGUGACACCAACACCUGUAAAUUCGACGGGGAGUGUUUAAGAAUUGGAGACACUGUGACUUGCGUCUGUCAGUUCAAGUGCAACAGUGACUAUGUGCCGGUGUGUGGCUCCAACGGCGAGAGCUACCAGAACGAGUGCUACCUGCGACAGGCCGCGUGCAAACAGCAGAGUGAGAUCCUCGUGGUGGCAGAAGGGUCGUGUGCCACAGAUGCAGGAUCGGGAUCUGGAGAUGGAGUCCAUGAAGGCUCUGGAGAAACCAGUCAAAAAGAGACAUCCACCUGUGACAUUUGCCAGUUUGGUGCAGAAUGCGACGAAGAUGCUGAGGAUGUCUGGUGUGUGUGCAACAUCGACUGUUCCCAAACCAACUUCAAUCCCCUCUGUGCUUCGGAUGGGAAGUCUUAUGAUAACGCAUGUCAGAUCAAAGAAGCAUCAUGUCAGAAACAGGAGAAAAUUGAAGUCAUGUCUUUGGGUCGAUGUCAAGAUAAUACAACUACAACUACUAAGUCUGAAGAUGGGCAUUACGCGAGAACAGAUUAUGCAGAGAAUGCUAACAAAUUAGAAGAAAGUGCCAGAGAACACCACAUACCUUGCCCAGAACAUUACAACGGCUUCUGUAUGCACGGCAAGUGUGAACACUCCAUCAACAUGCAGGAGCCGUCAUGCAGGUGUGAUGCUGGUUACACUGGGCAACACUGUGAAAAGAAGGACUACAGUGUUCUGUACGUUGUUCCCGGCCCCGUGCGGUUCCAGUACGUCUUGAUCGCGGCUGUGAUUGGAACGGUUCAGAUCGCUGUCAUCUGCGUGGUCGUGCUCUGCAUCACGAGGAAAUGCCCCAGAAGCAACCGAAUUCACAGACAGAAGCAAAAUACAGGCCACUACAGUUCAGACAACACAACGAGAGCGUCCACGAGGCUAAUCUAAAGGGAGCAUGUUUCUCAGUGGCUGGAUUGCAGAGAGCUUGGACUACACAAUACAGUAUUAUAGACAAAA